AUUUUAUCAUAGAAUAAUUAUUAGUAUUGAUUUCAUUUGAUCAAUCAAACUCAUAUAAAAUAGAUAAGAACCAUAUAUAUAAAUAUGAAAUAUGCAGACAGGGGAGCAAGUGAAGAGCCUUGCAGCAGGAGCAGCUGAUGCAGUGAAGAACACAUUGGGAAUAAACAAUGCUGACACCAACCCAAGUGAUGCACCCAGCAGCAACCCUGCUGAUGCAACUGCUGCUGCCGCCGCCGCCUCCACCCCAAACAAUGGACCCAGCAACCCUGCUACCGCUGCUAACACACCAAACAACACACCCAACAGCACUCCUGCUGCCGCCGCCGCCGGUACCAACCCAAGCAAUGCACCCAGCAACCCUGCUGGUGCUCCCAGCAGCUAGAUUCACCUUCCAUACUGCUUUUACUGGCAAUCUGAGGAAUUAAGAUUUUGAUUUUAGUUCAUAAGAUUAGUCAAUAUGUACUUAUGAGUUAUGAAAACUCUUUUGUUGUAUUUAUAAAUUAUAGUUGAGCCCAAAAAUGUGGCGAAUAAAAGAAUGUACACAUGCUUUUUUCAUCUUUGCUAAUUUAAUGCAUGAUAAUUUUCUUAUGUAUAGUUAUUUUUCCUGAAUCAUGGGGCUUAAAAGGCACUCAUGCUUUAAAGGAAAUAUUAAGU